UACCGCAAAACAAUUGACGCCAUGGAGAAGAUUUACAGCACGGCCAAAAUCUGUUCCUUCACCAAUCCAGGCGAUUGCGGAAUGAAUCUCGAUCCUGAAAUUACGGAGAAAAUGAGCAAAAGUCGCAAUUUUGACGAGUUGAAACAUGUUUCUGAAGCGGUGGCACGAACAGAGUGGCGGUAAAAUGCGGGAUCAUUACGAAAAAUUCGUCGAACUCAGCAACGAAGCCUCUCGAAUGAAUAAUUUCAGCGACACGGGAGCUUAUUGGCUACGGAAUUACGAGUCGGACACAUUCAAGGAAGAUAUCGAGGGACUGUGGCAGACCAUCAGACCGUUUUACCUUCAACUUCACGCCUACGUCCGGGCCAAACUCCGAGAUCAUUACGGAGAAGACAAGGUCCCCAAAAAUCAACCCAUACCCGCACAUCUUCUGGGCAACAUGUGGGCCCAAACGUGGGGCAAUAUCGACGACUUGGUUACGCCAUAUCCAGGGAAAACUUCCAUCGAUGUCACUCCUGAAAUGUUGAAGCAAGGCUACACCCCAAAGAAAAUGUUUGAAAUGUCGGAAGAAUUCUUCACCUCGAUGGGUUUGCUGCCGACUCCGCCCGAAUUUUGGAGCGGAUCCAUCAUCGAGAAACUGGCGGGUAAGGAAAUGGUGUGUCACGCUUCUGCUUGGGACUUUUGCAACGGCAAGGAUUUCAGGAUCAAGCAAUGCACCAAGGUCACCAUGGAGGACUUUAAUGUCGUCCAUCACGAAAUGGGACACAUCCAGUACUUUUUACAGUACAAAAAUCUUCCGCUAGUCUACAGGGACGGAGCCAAUUCUGGUUUUCACGAAGCUGUAGGCGAUUCUCUAGCCCUCUCUGUCCAGACCCUCAAACAUCUCAAGGAAAUCGGAUUAUUAGACAAAUCAACACCCCAAGAUCACGAAGCGACCAUCAAUUACCUAUUGGCGACAGCUUUGAAAAAAAUCGCCUUUUUCCCAUUUGCGUACAUCAUGGACAAGUGGCGCUGGGAUGUGUUUGACGGGUCCGUUAAAUCGACCGAUUACAAUGGUCAUUGGUGGAAGCUUCGUGAGAAGUACCAAGGCAUCAGAUCGCCAGUAACAAGAUCCGAAAAUGAUUUCGAUCCCGGAGCAAAGUAUCACAUUGCAGCCAACGUCGAGUACAUUCGGUAUUUUGUGAGCUUCGUUAUCCAGUUCCAGUUUUACAAAUCCCUGUGCAUGACGGCCGGACAAUAUGAUCCGCACAAUCGAUCUCAACCACUUCACGAGUGCGACUUCUACAGGAACAAAGAAGCAGGAGCCAAAUUACGGGCGAUGUUGGCUAUGGGAGCUUCCCGACCUUGGCCGGAAGCGAUGCGAGCCGUCACGGGACAAGAUCGCAUGGACGCAAGCGCUUUCCGUGAAUAUUUUAAGCCCCUGGAGGUGUGGCUGAUAGCCAAGAACAAGGAACUUGGCGAACCUGUCGGAUGGGAUUCAGAUCAGUAAUACUUGGUUAUGGAAACUGAGUUGAAAAUGUUACCCCAAAAAUCCGUUAACUGUUUACCUCAAUUGCAUUGACGUAUUAAGUAUUAAGCGUCACAUUUUGCAAAAUUUGAAGUGACCUAUGUAACCAAGUUUUUUUUUACCGGAAUGUAUCGAUCAAAAAAGCAAAAAUGGUUUUGUU